CCUACAAAAUUAGUAUAGCUACAGCCUCCAGAUGAAGAAAGGAAAAGAAGCAGACGCAAUAGCAAUGCUGGAGUGGUACUUCUGGUUGGCCAAGUGGCGGCUCCAACUUCUUGGGAGGGAAUGGAACUUCCUCGACGCGGGCUCUGUGGCUGUCAUUUUUGGUUUGCAUUGCCUUGCUCUUCUAGCUCCAUUCCACUUCAACUGGAGUGCAGUUUGGUUGGCCGUCGCACUGAAUACCAUCUCCGGUGUGGGUGUGACUCUAUCUUACCAUAGAAAUCUCUCCCACAAAAGUUUCAAGCUUCCCAAGUGGCUCGAAUACUCUUUUGCCUAUUGCGCGCUUCUCGCACUUCAGGGGAGUCCGCUUGAAUGGGUGAGCACUCACAGGAUGCACCACCAGUUUACUGAUACAUGGAACGACCCUCAUAGCCCCAUUGUUAAAGGAUUGUGGUUUAGUCAUAUUGGAUGGAUCCUCGACUAUCGUUCUCGAUUUGGAAGUUAUGAAGGACGACUAGACAACGUUGGAGAUUUAAAAAAGCAGCCCUACUAUGUAUUUCUUCAUUGCACAUACCCCUUUCACUCAUUGGCUCUUGGAGUUCUGCUGUAUGCCAUAGGAGGACUACCAUUUCUCGUUUGGGGCAUGGGUGUGAGAGUUGUGUAUCAGUUUCACGUUACGUUUUCAAUAAACUCGAUUUGUCAUAAAUGGGGAAAGCAAGUAUGGCAUACUGGAGAUUCAUCAAGAAACAACUGGUUACUUGGUUUGCUAGCGCACGGAGAAGGUUGGCAUAACAAUCACCAUGCAUUUGAAUACUCAGCUCGACAAGGUCUGGAAUGGUGGCAGAUUGAUACUACUUGGUACUUGAUAAGAUUUCUUCAGGCUGUUGGUUUGGCAACUGAGGUGAAGCUCCCAACCGAGACUCAGAAGAAACGUAAAGCUUUGUGCAACAAAGUCAGCAAGGAGAAGCUGGAAACCAACGUAGGCAGCAAUGAAAUCUCCAGAGAGCACUACUGAAACAAUUUUCUAGAGACUCAAAUUUAAACUAUGACUUGAAUAUUGUUGCUAGCUAUUUCUUAUAUGACUUGAGUUUUUCUAUGCUAUGCAAUGAAGUGAUUUGGUAUAAUUUUGACUUCUUUAUA